GAGCAAGUGCAGAACGCGCAUCAUCACAUGCAGAAGAGAAGUCAGCGAACAAGCAGCGUUGUUGAUUCAUUUUAGCCAAGAAAUUGAUCGUUAGUAAGAGUGAAAAACUUGACAGCAGAAGUUCAACUUGGUCAGUAUCCUCUCUUCAUUCCGAAAGCUUUCGAAUUUCAGAACCAUGGACAGCGUCACGGUCCGCGCGUUUGUUUGCUUGGGCGUGUGCUUGUCCGUGUUCACCGUUAUCGCUCAGGGGCAAAUGUCAACAGACAACCGAGUCUCUUCACAAGAAGACCAAUAUCCUCUUCGAUAUGCGACCAGAGAGUUGGCUGAUGCGCUCGAGGGACUUCUGGAGAGUGGACAGGAGAACAGUAUAGGACUGUCCGUUGAGAAGAAAGCAAGUGUCAUCCCACGGUGCGACGUCGGGGAGCGAUGCGCCAUGAAGCACGGGCCGCGCAUCGGGAGGCUCUGCGACUGCAUGCGCGGCACCGCUUGCAACACUUUCUUCCUGCGCUGCUACUGACCUCCUCGCAUCAGACACCGGAUGACCUCGGGUGCCCUAACACGUGAACAUAAAAUGGCUUGUGAUAUUGUGAUACAACUGUUCUGUUACACGUUUCAAUGUAAGUCUGCAUGUAUAGGCUAUACUGACUUUGUCUUGAAUUGUUUUGGUGUCUUCUCAACUUUAUUGAAGAUACAUGUGUGUACAAAUUUAUUUAUUUUUGUUUAAUAAAAAACAUUUACAAAGCU